AUCCCACACAGACAUAUAAUUACCUCUCUUUUUUUUCUCACAGCGAACAUGAAUGAUUUCUGGAAAUAUCUUGUGCUAAUCUCUUCAAAUCUGGACGACGAUUGUGUUUAGUAGCUUUAGUUACUAUCAUAUAUUACUACUUCUCUCUUCACUCAUUCGUGUUAUCUCAUAAUCCAGUUUUAUCGCAUUUCAUUAUAAUAUCUUUGUUUCUUGGGUUUCUCCAAUUUUGUCGGAAUUUGAUGUUUCCGAGAUGAGUCAUCCCUUGAAAUCUCGAAACUUCUCGGCUUUUCCGUAAUUUCUCUGGUGGAACUCACAAAUUGAUUGGGCAAAAUUAGGGUUAGAGCGAUGAGUCACCGGCGUGAUUCCAGCGGAGAUGUAGUCCACGUGAUACCCACAAACAACCCUCCGCCGGAGAAAUGGUAUCCGAAUCUCGGCGAUACCUCCGUCUGGGCCACGGAAGAUGACUACAACCGCGUCUGGGCGGUGAAUCCCGACGGCGACAAUGGUCCUCCGAACAAGAAGACGCGAGGCUCUCCGUCGCCUUCAUCCGCCGCAGCGAGCAACCGUACCAAAGCGAUCGGGAAAAUGUUCUUCAAGACGAAGCUAUGCUGCAAGUUCCGCGCGGGGACUUGUCCGUACGUGACGAACUGCAACUUCGCUCACACGGUGGAGGAGCUUCGUCGUCCGCCGCCGAAUUGGCAGGAGAUCGUGGCGGCUCACGAGGAGGAGAGAUCCGGUACGGGGACUCCUCCUACUACUGCUGCUGUUGAGCCGAGAGAAGAGUAUCAGAUCCCGUCUUUGGUGUCGUCGACGACGGAUGAGAGUGGGAGAUGUUUUAAGGGAAGACAUUGUAAGAAGUUUUAUACUGAAGAAGGAUGUCCUUAUGGAGAGAGCUGUACGUUUCUGCACGACGAGGCUUCGAGGAACAGAGAAAGCGUCGCGAUUAGCUUAGCCCCUGGUGGUUACGGUGGUGGUACUUCUGGUUGUGGUAAUAGCAACGUAGUAGUGCUUGGUGGAAUUGAUAUUUUGAAGCCUUCAAAUUGGAAGACAAGGAUUUGCAAUAAAUGGGAGAUUACUGGGUAUUGUCCCUUUGGUGCUAAGUGUCAUUUUGCUCAUGGAGCUGCAGAGUUGCAUAGAUUUGGUGGAGGGCUCGUAGAAGGAGAAGGCAAAGACGGAGGAGUAUCGCCUAAUCCAGAAAUAAAGCAAACAGGACCAAACCAGAGAGGGCAUUCAGACACUACGACACUUGUAUCUCCAGGAGUUCCCCAUCAUGCAGAUGCUGGUUACCAUAGUGGAGUCGCAUUGCAACGAGCGUCUUGUGCAGUUACGCAGAAGCCUGGGAUCAGAACUCAUCAGAAAUGGAAAGGACCGGAGAAAAUCAGUCGGAUAUACGGUGAUUGGAUUGACGAUAUUGAAUGAAAGUUAUCUCUCCUUUUUUCCUACAGAUCGGUUAGAUAACUACGACAAUUACAAUCUCUUUCCUCGCUUUUUUUUUUUAAUUGAAAGUUUUGGUUGUAGCUUUCCGACUUUAAACUCCAGUGAUGAUGGUACAGUUUGUUUGUAGAGUUUGUGUAAUCUUUGUAAUGUUUGUAUCUCCUUAUGUUGUUGUAGAAUAUGACUUUUUAAGAAGUUAAAUGCUAUCCUUGUUUGUUUGUAUCAUUUUUGCCAAUACGACCAUGUAUUGUUUUCAUUUUAAUUAAAGAUAGACCAGUACUGUGAA